CUCAUUCAUUCAUGAUCCAUCAUUCUUCACUCUUCACACUUCACUCCUUUCUCCCUUCGCUUCCGGUCGCUCUCUUUUUAUGCAGAUCUUGUUUUUAUUUGCCAGCCAUAGCUUGCUUCUAGACUUGUGCCCUGCGCAAUAUCCCCAUGGUCCCUACUCCAUUGAUGUUUCGAGUUGUUACUGCUAGCAGACAGGCCCAACUAAGACCACCGACAACCUUCCUACGAUCCUUUCACUGCACAACAAGUCUUCGUGCUGCCGCCGAUCCUGCAUCGAAUGAUACUCCAACCGACACAAGUCCUGCGAAGUCUGCAGAUGCAGCAGAUUCGACCACUUCUACACCGUGGAUCGACCAACCAUUUCAUGAAGCCAUUGUUGACAUCGUGAAUCAUACAAAGCCAAAAAGAACUAGUACAAGGAAGCUGAAGUUGGCACCACCAGAAGAUACCAAGCCGAAGGGAACCAAGACAGCAAGGCAGAAGCCGAAGUUGCCACAAGAUGGCGAUGCUACGGUCCCACGGAAGCCUGGACGGCCACGAAAGAACGCAGUCGCCGCUACGGUAACAAUCUCGGGGCCCGUCCCACCGGCGAAGCCUGCCAGGUCACGGAGGAAAGCGGUCGAUAGUCCAGAGACAGUCUCGGAAACUGUGUCAACAGCGCCGGCGUUGGAAACUCCAGCAUUGCCACUUCAAAAGACACGUACAGCCGGCCGACCAAAGAUAGAACCACCAGCCGAGCCCCGAAGUGACAUUAAAACGUAUCUCCGAUGGGGACUUGGUGGGAAUUGGGAUGGUGGAAAGUCAAUCGGGGACCGAAAGAGGAUGAAUAUUAUCAGCGAGGAUGCGUGUGAUGCUAUCAUAACGCGCAUGAAGCCCUCUCUCGAAAGGCAUAGGGGUUGUGAUAUUAUUGACAUUAAUCCUGGUGUUGGUGUUUGGUCGGCAAAACUCCAUGACUUCCUCAAACCACGUACACAUAUUCUUAUGGAACCAGAUAUUCGGCUUUGCGGACCUUUGCUCGAACCUUUCGUCAAAGCUCCAGAUUCCACCUACAAGUUGAUUCCGAAAUCAGGGCUAGUUUGGGGUCAUCUGGAAUCCGUACUCAAUAAAAGCCAUCUUCCAUUUCAAACUGCUUACUCUCGAGAUGAUCCCCGACUUGAUCAACGCAAUGAUACGUUGCUUGUCGUAGCAAAUCUUGGAUACUACCCGAAGAAGCCUUACAAGGGAUUCGCCUCGCUCGGCCAAAUGGUUAUCUAUCAACUCAUGAGUUCGAUAAACGCACAUUCCCUGUUUCAGAAAUAUGGUCAGGUACGCAUGUUAAUAUGGAUUAACGACGAGGAGAGACACAACAUUCUCCCCAAGACAGUUUCGUCUCGUAGAAAAGGAAGUGCAGAAGCAGAUUUCUCCUGUGAGAAACUGGAGGAGGUAGCUUCUGGCACUGCAACCUCGCCCCGCAGAGCAAGAGAAGUAGGACUUGACCUUGAAGGACUCCGGAAAGUGCUGCAGAAAAUGGAAGCAAAAGGCAUUGAGAUCCCCAAAGGCCGCGAGAGUUUCUUGUUAAAGCAGAUGUUUGACCUUUCCGAUGAGGAGGCUCAACGAGGACUUCGUAUGGAAAAAGAGAUCGCUCAAGAAGAAUAUGCAUCGCUCAAGAAACAGGCCUUGUCUGGCAUAUCAGUUGAUCGAAAGCGCUUGAGCUGGCUAAAAUACCUCACCGCUAGUAAUAGCAGACAACAACACCUUAUCACGGCCCUAUGCAAUGAAUUCGAGAAGAUAAUGGAGUCUGCAAAGGCUAUCCAAGGUCUAGCCGACCCUGAACAGAAAGAUAUGAGGAAUGCAGAAUAUCAAGAACGCAUGGUUGAAUGGGAGGAGAAUGUCGCCAAAUUGAGCGGUGACAAUGUGAACCUUGUUCGCAAUAGAUGCGAAGAUCGUUUGGCCCUGAGGAGAGAGAAGCCUCUGCUACUCUGGGACCGCCGAGAAGUCGAGCCACUCAGACUGGAACCAGAAGAAUUCUACCCCGCCCAGACAAUGUGUCUCUUUGACAUUCAGCCCAAGGCCUUAAACCCGGUCCUCAGGAAAGACUAUCCAAACAACUACGACGUCCUCGAGUAUCUACUCGUCUCCUUCUUCACCAUGCCCUCCCAAAGUGUGAAGCACGGCCUCGUUGGCCUAGUACCUGGAGCGUACGAAUGGAUCGAUGCAGAAUGCCCGUCGUUGAAAGAUGUCUACAAAGGAGGGAAGCCGGACUUAGAUCGCUUGUCUGUGCGAUGUUUAACAGAGGAGAUGCUGGUCGACAUGGUGGAGGCAUGGGAACGAUGGCCGUUUAAGCCUAACAAGUACGAGAUGUUGAGCAGGAUGGGUUCUGUCAGUCACGAUGCCACUUCCGGGGAAAGCGACGAGCUGGGGCAAGCUGGCACUCAAUGAUUGUAUUUGCCCCUCACCAUCAGUGAACUGUUUAUUAGAGAGCAGGAAAUGUACGAUACUGUGAUAAGCUAGUGGUCGCAUGUCCCAAAGUGGGAAGAUUCAUGCUCUGGGUAUUUUUUUGCUAGCCUUUUGUUAAUUGAGAAGCUUACUGCUCGAAACAAGGAGCUAGUGCUACUACCGUGAACCAAAGUUCUGUUCUUUGCUGCUUUGUUGUCGCUGACUUGCUGUUACUUGCCUACUGUCAACUUUGCC